AUUCAGAGCAACAGUGGUCAGAUCACUUUGAGUCGUCGUUUGGAUCCUACGUGAUUUUGUGCGGUGGCCAGUGAAUAUACUUAAGUGCUUGCUCAACAGGAAAUUCAAGAGGCGUUUCCCUCCUUAAGAAAAAAAAGACGCUCUGUCGCAAUCCACGCAUGAUGAAGUACGCCGGAGCUAUUCUCAUCUUUGGCGCCCUCGUGGCUGCUGUUCCGGAGAAUAAACCACUGAAGGCAAUUGCGGUGCUGAGUCAAUCGGACACAGUGCGCGGAAAUAUCACCUUCUCCCAGCCAUCCUGCACAGAACCCACAUUUGUUGAGAUCACCAUUGAGGGAGUCCCACCAGGACCUCAUGGGUUCCACAUUCACGAGAGGGGAGAUCUCUCAGGUGGAUGUGGCUCCACAGGAAGCCACUUUAACCCUGACAAGCUGCACCAUGGAGCUCCUCAGGAUGAAAUUCGCCACCGUGGAGACUUGGGCAAUGUUGUAGCUGAUCAAAAUGGUAUCGUUCACACCUCCUACAGUGACAGUGUAAUCAGCCUCAAUGGCUUCAACAGUAUCAUCGGACGUGCUGUGGUACUCCAUGAAUCUGAAGAUGAUCUCGGCCGGGGCACAAAUGCCGAUUCGAGAAAGACUGGCAAUGCUGGCGGACGGAUUGCAUGUGGGGUCAUCGGAGUGGCAUCGCAUGAGGAAGAAAUUUGGCCAUGCAGUGGCGGUGGAAUUCUAAAAUCAUUCUCAUUUGUCAUCCUCUUUGCGUCCUUGAUCUUUUCAGUGUAACCUUUCAGCGGAAACCAUCGAGGAAAAGAUCUGUGUGAGCGCAUUUGUGUGUGGGAAAUUCGUGUGAGCAACAGUAUAAGUAUUUAAUUAAAAGGAAUAAAAGUAUUGAUUAAAAAGUAAA